GGCAGGCAGCAUCGUCAAGAACGACAUCAGAUGCAGACAACAACAGUGUCAGAUCGGGAGGGAGUCGCAUUUAUUUUCCCCGCUUGCGAUGGCUGUCGUGUAAAAGGUGGAAACAGCAGCGCGCCGCAGUAUACCGCCAAGUUUCAGCCCCAUGAAGGAGCUCCGUCCCGGCUGAGUUUGGGAGAUGGGAGUACUCAACAUUGCAGACCAGCCUCCUCUGGUCCAGGCCAUCUUCAACCGUAAUGCUGAAGAAGUCCAAAUAUUAUUGCACAAAAAGGAGGAUGUCAAUGCACUGGACCAAGAGCGUCGUACGCCACUUCAUGCUGCUGCCUGCAUGGGUGAUGUUCAUAUCAUGGACCUCCUCAUUGAAUCAGGUGCCAAUGUGAAUGCUAAAGACCAGGUAUGGCUCACCCCCUUGCACAGAGCGGCCGCUUCAAGGAACGAAAGGGCCGUGGGUCUGCUGCUGAGGCGCGGCGCCGAGGCCAACGCCCGAGACAAGUUCUGGCAGACGGCGCUACACGUGGCGGCCGCCAACCGGGCCACUCGCUGCGCCGAGGCCUUGUUGAGCCAGCUGAGCAAUCUGAACAUGGCGGAUCGCACUGGGCGAACUGCACUGCACCACGCCGCUCAGAGUGGGUUCCAGGAGAUGGUGAAGCUGCUGCUGAACAAGGGAGCCAACCUGAGUGCCAUCGAUAAGAAGGAGCGACAGCCUGUCCACUCUGCUGCGUACUUGGGCCAUGUGGAGGUUGUGAAGCUGCUGCUGUCACGUGGUGCAGACAAGAGCAGCAAGGACAAGCAGGGCUACACGCCUCUCCAUGCCGCCGCUGCUAGUGGCCACAUCGAAAUUGUAAAAUGCCUGCUCAGGAUGGGGGCAGAGAUUGACGAGCCCAAUGGGUUCGGGAACACGGCGCUCCACAUGGCGUGCUACAUGGGGCAGGAGGCUGUGGCCACUGAGCUGGUAAACCACGGAGCGAAUGUGAAUCAGCCCAACAGGUGCGGCUACACACCUCUGCACCUGGCCGCUGUCUCCACCAACGGCGCCCUCUGUCUGGAGUUGCUGGUCAACAAUGGGGCAGAUGUCAACCAGCAAAGCAAAGAAGGGAAGAGCCCCCUGCACAUGGCAGCUAUUCAUGGACGCUUCACACGCUCUCAGAUCCUAAUCCAGAACGGUGGUGAAAUCGAUUGUGUGGAUAGGUAUGGCAAUACUCCUCUCCAUGUCGCUGCUAAGUUUGGCCACGAAUUGCUGAUCAGCACUCUAAUGACCAAUGGAGCAGACACGGCCAGACGUGGGAUACAUGGAAUGUUCCCCUUGCACUUAGCUGUGCUUUACGGGUUUUCAGACUGUUGUCGGAAGUUACUCUCCUCAGGUCAGUUGUACAGCAUUGUCUCCUCUAUGAGUAAGGAGCAUGUGCUGUCAGCAGGGUUUGACAUUAACACCCCUGACAACUUUGGGAGGACCUGUCUACACGCUGCUGCCUCUGGAGGAAAUGUUGAAUGUCUGAACUUGCUCUUAAGUAGUGGCACAGACUUGAACAGGAGGGACCUAAUGGGAAGAACACCAUUACACUAUGCGGCUGCUAAUGGGAGGUACCAGUGCACUGUGACUUUGGUGAGCGCUGGUGCCGAGAUCAACGAGCCUGAUCAAACAGGCUGCACCGCCCUGCACUACUCUGCAGCCUCACAAGCCUUCAGCAGAGGUGAUGGUCAUUUUUAUGGGAAUCAUCAGCAUGAUGAAGAAGAGGUGAAGGAAUCAUACUUCUGCUUGGAGCAUCUUCUGGACAAUGGCGCCGAUCCCUCGAUGGUCAACGCUAAGGGUUACAGCGCUGUUCACUAUGCAGCUUAUCAUGGCAACACACAGAACCUGGAGCUGCUCCUGGAGAUGUCAUUUAAUGCACUUGGAGACAUUGAGAGCAGUAUUCCAGUCAGUCCCCUGCAUCUCGCUGCUGACAGGGGUCACUGGCAGGCACUGCGUGUGCUAACUGAGACGGCUGCCUAUGUGGAUAUGCAAGAUGCUGCUGGCCGUUCUGUGCUCUACCUGGCUGCCCAGAAAGGCUAUGCGCGCUGUGUGGAGGUGCUCUUGGCCCAGGGAGCCUCGUGUCUCCUUAAUGACAGCCGCCUCAUUUGGACCCCAAUUCAUGUUGCAGCUGCUCACGGUCACUCUGACUGCCUGCACAAGAUGAUUGAAUGUGGGGAAGAGGGCGACCUUGCCAACGUCGUGGACAAGUUUGGCCAGACACCUCUGAUGCUCGCCGUUCUCGGGGGGCACACUGACUGCGUCCGAUUCCUGUUGGCGAAGGAGGCCGUGCCAGAUGCCAAGGAUAAGAGAGGCAGCACGGCAUUGCACAGAGGGGCGUUGCUGGGCCAUGAUGAGUGUGUGGCGGCCCUGCUGGAGCAUAAAGUUUCUGUGCUGUGUCGGGACUCCCUGGGUCGGACACCCCUGCACUACGCAGCAUCCAGGGGCCAUGCCGAGAUCUUGGCCAGUCUGGUGCAGGUCGCAAUGGAGCCGCAAGACAAACUGCUGGACAACAAACAAUACACCCCACUGCACUGGGCUGCUUACAAAGGGCAUGAAGACUGUUUGGAGGUAUUACUUGAAUUCAAAACAUUUAUUCAUGAAGAGGGAAACACUUUCACUCCCCUGCACUGUGCUCUGAUGAAUGGUCAUAGCGGUGCUGCGGAACGGCUUCUUGAAUGUGCUGGGGUCCACAUGAUAAACACCAGAGAUGCCAAAGGAAGGACCCCGCUGCAUGCUGCUGCUUUUGCUGAGGACGUCGCAGGACUCCAGCUGGUGCUUCGCCAUGGGACUGAGAUCAAUGCGGUGGACAACAAUGGACGUUCUGCUCUUAUGGUGGCUGCCGAUAAGGGACACAGUGGCACCGUGGCCAUCCUCCUUCACCGGGCGAAGGCCGACCUCACGUUGCUGGAUGAGAAUAGGAACACUGCCUUGCACCUGGCCUGCAACAAGGCUCAUGAGAUGUGUGCUCUGCUGAUUCUGGGAGAGAUACACAGUCCCACUCUUGUAAAUGCUACCAACAGUGCUCUGCAAAUGCCCCUCCAUCUCGCCGCUCGUAAUGGCUUGGCCACAGUGGUGCAGGCGCUGCUGAGCAGAGGAGCCACUGUUCUGGCUGUGGAUGAGGAAGGCCACACCCCAGCUCUGGCGUGUGCCCCCAACAAAGACGUGGCUGACUGCCUGGCUCUGAUCCUCUCCACCAUGAAGCCUUUCCCCCAGCUUGACCCUUCCUCCUGCUCUUGCUCCUCCCCUGGCGUCUCCCCCUCGCCAGGCCUCAACUUGCUCAAGCACUGCGGCAUCACGGCCGCCUGCGCCCCCCUGCCCAGCAACGGCCUCCACAACGGCUACGUCAAAGACCGCCACGGCGCACCCGUGGGCCUGGACGGCUGUCUGUCCGAGUGAGGGGUGUUGCCGCCAGGCUCAGUCAUGCUGCUGUCACCGUCAUCUACCACCAGGGGGUGUCUCCCUUUAACGUGGCCAAGAGGACCAGGAGAGCACCCGCCUAUAUCUAUUUUGUGUAUGUAUGUAUGUAUGUAUGUGUGUGUCUGUAUGUGCGUGAGUGUUUGGUCUUCUCUUGAGGUGCAGUCAAACCUAAUAUGCAAUUAGAAGCCCAUUCCUCCAUCCCAGAGUAGUGCUUACUACGUAGAGGCUUGUUGCUCUACAAGGCCACUCCGAUCAAGUGUGACGUCCAAACUAACGCAAUCUGGCCACACGCAAGUCAUUUUAACCCUUUAAAAGCAUCAGUUACGUAACAGCACUGGAACAAGUCUCACCGCCAUAUCGUUGAGUGAAGUCAUAUCACACUGGUGACCUUGUAGAGGAACUCGCAACCCUCCCAAAAGAAUGAUCAAAGAGUUUCCUUUCGAGAUGUUUUGCUUUUUUUGUAACUUAGCCUAGAUUAGUUUUUUUUGUUUUAGUGAAGGAACCACACAAGGGAAAAAAUCAAAUUAGCUGAAAAGUGCAAUGCUUGUGGACUACAGUACAAUCUGAAAAGGGUCACAAAGAUUCUGUGGUGUACUUUUAAAACGUACGGCUCCUAACUUUUGGCAUUGAAAGAUAAUUAGGUGAUGCUCCUGAAUACGUAAGCACGCCUCCUUGCAAAGGCGCACCACGCCGGCAUCGGCCCUGAAUGCCGACGCUGACAUUUUAAAGAAGUGUUUGUUAGGCUAGAAUGUUUCUAAGCAUAUGUUAUGACCAAAGUUGAUCAACACUACUAUGGCUAUAAAAUUAUUUAUUUGAGAUGAACUGUACUGUACAGAGAGAGACAAUAGAUCUUGAUAUACCUCGUCAACUCGUUUAGCAGCUGCUUCAUCUUUGCCCAGGGUCCGUAGGUCUGACGUUCUUUUUUUUGUAGGUCGAGAGAACUACUGUAGGAUGUAGUGAAGUGACCAAGGCCUUGUUGAUUUCCGAGAUGAAGGCUUUACAAGUAAUAUCUGCCAACAACACCUCAUCAGAGCGUCAUAUAUCUGAGCACAUAAAUGAACAAGCCAUUUCAAUUUCGUUCCCAUCUCUUGAACAGUGUUUGUGCAAAGUUUUCAGAGUCAGCGUGGUCUACGCGAUAGAUCUGUGUGACGUUUAGGCCUUUUCUUUUUCGUGUGUGUGUGUGUGUGUGUUUGCACGUGCGUGUCCAUCAGUGUUGAAGGAUUAUUUCUUGACCUCGUCUUAAUAGUUUCUAUCUCUUGGUGGUCAUCACUUUGAAGCGUUUUGCCUGCUUAUUUUACUGCGUCCAUCAUUAUUAUUAUUUGGCAACUUAUGAGCAAUAUUUUUCUUUUGGCCUUUUUGUUUGUUAUAUUGAAUAGACAAUCACUGUCACAAGGGCUUUUGUUUCCCUGGAAUGGGUUUGGUUUUCAUUUUGGUCUUACUCGGUGACGGAUGACCUGAAGACAAAACGAAUGGCUCUGCAUGUUUUGGGCAUUUUAAACCGUCUGUGUCAACACAAAUGCACUGGAUUGCCUUUGACGGCGUCUCAUCAAAUGCCUUUUUCGACCCAUGCCUUCCAUCAUUUCAGUUGGACUGUAACGUGGCAAAAGUAUUAUGAGCCUUUGCAUCCCUGAGACUUACAAUCUCGCCUUCCUCCCGUUUGAUGGCACGAACCACAGUCAGUAGAUGACAAUAUUUAAAAAAGAGAGAAAAAAAGUGUUCCAGAAAAGGGAGAGGUAUAUUUUCUCAGCCAUUACGUGUUGUUGAGUAGGAAUCGCAUUUGACUAAAUUUCCUUGAUCGACUGUGGGAAAAUGAAGGUCAAAUAAUCAAUUUUUAAAUAAUAUUUUAAGGGUGAGGGGAGAAUCUCUUGGAAUGUUCUGAACUCCCAUGCCCAUGUGUAGCGUAACUUGCAAUUGUUGUUGCCGUGUUCUUCGGGGAGCAGGCAGCACUAGUUGCGACUGAAUGAACACCGCCUCUUGGUUGCCGCCAAAUAGUGCACGCCGUUUAGCCUCGUUUGCUUCAAGAGUCGUUUAAGCAACAAACAAUUCCACACAACUAUUAUGCCCAUCCCCAGUGCAGAGUUCAGGACUAGCAGAAAUCCAAAUAUGUGCUUAUUGCUGUUGUUUUUGUCUCUUCCUCCCAUUUCUGGUACUAAACAUACUAAAUGCAUACUAAAGAUGAUUGUAUCGCCUGUUGUCUUUCAAUUUGUUGUUAUGUAGUUCAUCUGCUGGCCGUGAUAACAUUACCCAGUAUCUACUGCUAGUGAAGUGGCACAAUUGCACACAUAAGUUGACCAGAUGGGUGAUGAGGACCUAGACUCGUUCGACUCUUCCCUCCCUCCCUUACUUCCUACUUAUUAAAAUUGACACAGCUUCCCGUCGAGAGGCGCCAUUGCUAGUUUGCUGAGAUGAAUUUCACUUUUUAUUAUUCUCUUGGGGUAUUAAUAUAAGGUACAUAAUUCAUUUGCGAUCUCAGGAUCUGUGGUUGAAGCAGCAAGCAAAAUUAAUGAACCAAUCAUAAUUCAGCAGGAUAAUUAGUAUUAGAUUUUGUUUUUAUGUGGAUGGGCUGUUUCAUGAAAUUUUAUUCCCUUUUUAACCUUAAUCCUACAGCACUUAAUUAGUCAAGCACGCACUUUCAUACAUUCAGGUUCUAAGUGUGCAAAAUAGAGCAGAUGUAAUGUAUGUACUUAUGUUUACAUGCAUGUGUGUUGCUGCUGAAUUACAGGAAUUGUCGGCUAGUCGUCGACUUUGUGCAUUGCAUUGAUUAGCAAAUGGUGUCUCCGACCACUCGGGGCGCUGUCCACUGGCCGCUACCUUUUUGAUCUCAUUGUGUGUGUGUGUGUGUGUGUGUGUGUGUGUGUGUGUAUGUGAGAGGAUUAUAGAGUGGCUGCGACUUCCAGCCCAAUCUGCUAGCCCGAGACAUUUGGAGUCAAGUGCAGCGACUCGGCACACACCACGAGUGGGCUCCUUAGAAACACCACACACACUGGCAAUUUGUAGGUGCUCAUCCGUUCUGGCAGGGAUGAUGUUUUUUCAUUUUUCUCUAAUGAUGUCCAAAUGUGACCAGGUAACGGAGCCUUUUCCUCCCUGCAACUAUACAGUCUUUUAGUUUGGGACAUAGUUUUCUUAUACAUGCUUUGUAUGUGUGUGUGUAUGAUAGUAAGAACCGAGUGUUGUGGAUGGUCCAUUUGUAGCAAUAGCGUGACUGUGAGAUUGAGUGCAGCAAAAACGUUGCUAUCCGUUUAGGCCAAGUCCAUGGAUGCCAAUGGUAGAUUUAAAAUACAAAUGCGGGCUUUGACGCAUUCCCAGCUAUUGCCAAAACCUGCGCACAGCGUCAAUUCAAUUAUGCAUUCAUUCAGUCUGACCGUUUACAGUCUGACCAUCCAAUCUGAGCCAUGACUGAAAUGACUGUCCGGUCGGGGUCUUGCUUCCCCCUCAAGCAGAACAAUUUGAAGUAGUGGAGAAUAACCAGUAGCAUGUACUGUAAACAUCUUGUUAUAGUGUUUGUUGUCGUCUACCUUGCUUUGAGUUUGUUUGUUAGCUAAUUGUUAUUUCCAUCCAUUUUUACUGCAGCCAACGGGGGUAUUUGGGUCAAUUUGACAUCCAUUUCAUUGAGAAUGCCUUAUCAACUGGGGAAAAAAAUAAAAUAAAACAAAGGUCUACAACAGAAUAUGGUUGACAAAAAUGCACCUAAGCAACACCCAUUUAGUGCCAUAGAAACCUUUAUUUGCCUUUAGAUGUAAAUCACAUUGGUCAGUAACUUAUUCCCUAAUAGGCAGAAUUAUUACUACAAUUAUAAUCUUUGGACUUGAAUGUCUUUGUACCAUUUAGGACUACAGUAUGACAACUAUUUGCAUGGGAUUAUGUAUUUGGAUACUUAGACCACAAGUACUCUGUCAGUAUGGUUUUAUAAUUGGACAUCAUAAUUUUGGUAUUGGCAAACCAACCCCGUGUUAGUGUGUUUAACAAGGUGUGAGUGUGUACGUGUGACAGAACGUAUUUGGUGAUGUCAUAAAAAUUGAGGAAAAAAGUAUGGUAUUUUCAAAAUUGAUUUACCUCUCUGGUUGUCUUGGUUCUUACUUGAAGCAAUUCUGAUAUAUAUAUAUUUUAAAAAAAGGCAAAUUUCAAUUCAACUGAUCCACUGUUGAGCCUUUUGCCUUACAAGCGAUAAAAAAAGAAAGAAAAUGAUUUAGAUCCCUGGCAAUACCUGACACAUUGCAUCGCCUGUAUGAGGUUACAGACAUGACAGCUAAAAUUACAUGUUGGCCUUCAGGUGUCAAGAAGCACACAAAUCUGUCACGUUAGCACAUAGCUGAAGGUUGCCAUGGUGCAGAGAUUGUCCCAAGAGGAGGAUACUGCCAUAUUUGCCACUGUGAAAUAAUGGAGUCAGAAUUCACUUGUAAACAAUCAACUUGGGCUUCUACGGGGCGGCCAUUGGGAGUUCAAAGCAGUGUGCCUCACAUUAUUCACACAGAAAUGAAAUAAAACAAUAAUGAUUUUAUUAAUAAUACAUAAAUUACUUUUUUUUAAAAUUGUGCAGCUAUGCGAAUAGUCCAUCUCCAUGAGUUGUGUAAUUCUGCUUAACCUAGGCUAAAUCGGAAAUGUAUAUUAACAGAAUUGUCACUAGCUUGCGUUCCCUACCUUCGCCAAGUCGUUCACUGCUGCACCUUCUCAUAUUUUUUUAGUUGGACCUGCAGUUUUAGGAAGGUAGCUAUUUCAUUUUACCUCUUGUCCAGUCAAAAAUGUUCUCUCCCCUGCCCAAACACUUGGUCAUUAGCCACGAUGCUACAUUCCCUUCCUCUCCCUAUUAGUAGGACCUGUGUACUAUCAAGCACAGCGGUGGCACAGUGCCUUUUAUUUGUUACUACUGAAAGGUACGGUCUUCCAUUUAUAUUUCCCGGAAGCCUUAUACAAUGGGGGGGGAAUUAAAUUUCACUGAAUACACUGGACCGCAGUCCAAGGCUCAUCCAACCCCCGCAGUUCAUCCUCUGCGAUUUGAUCCUUUUGGUUUUAGUUUUAGCCACUCUGCGUUAAUGAGGGUGGUCUAAAUUGAACAUUUGCGACAGUUUUUUUUCGGGCACAUCGACCCUGUCAAUGAAUUGGGAUCAAACUGUAAUGAAAGCACAAAUCCAAAAAAGGCACCACAAAGCUCUGUUCACCUUCCCAAAACCUUGUUUGAAGGAGCCUCGAGGACACAGGCUUUUACUACCUUGACCCUGGGGAUGUUGUAGCAAAACAAAUACAUCUUUAAGAAACGAAAUAUAAGAAUAAGGUCUUGCUAAAACUACCUUCCAACGUAAAAGAAUAGCAUCACCCACACCGAUCGGUGUUUCUGUUACACCGAUGGUCGAUGACGGUGAACAGUCCUGCGACGAAUCGGUGCCUCCCGAUUGUCAUUAACACAAACUGUAGAAAGACCACCGUGUGGAUUGAGUUUCUUUGGAGUGUUCUUGACCAUUCGGUAUCCAUUGGCGACGUGCGGCUUCGCAACACGCUUCGCGAAGCAGAAUCAGAUUCUUUUUUUGUUUUUGUUUGCAAACUGAUUGUUGAUUUGUGUGUCAUUUAGGCUAGACUGAGUACACGUAGAGUUGCAGUAGUAGCCAGUGUGCUGUGUUAAUAACCGUGUGAAUCGUACUCUAGAAGUGACGUAACGUGUCGUCUUAACUGAGGCAUGAAUCUUCUUAAGCUGACCUCGUUUGGAAAUAGGCGAAAGAUAAAAGUGCAAUAGCCUUUUAUUUGUCAUUGUUUCCUCCAAUGAUUAUUUAAUGUUUUUAAGUUGAACACCAAAAGUCACUCAGCUGUAGCAAAUAAAGGGUUUCCUCUUGUUUGUGUUCAGAGCGGUGGCGUUUGACUGUUGAGUGUGUGUGCUAUUCCGUUCUUUAAACUGUGAUUCAGCUUGGACGAGCCGCCUGUUUGGAGGAAGCACCGUGCACAAGUUGGCUGGUAGAUAGAUGGUGUGUGUGUGUGUGAGUGUGAGUGUGAGUGUGAGUGACCUCUGGUAUCACACUAUUAUACUUGGGAAUCUUUUAUUGCUCCAUUUCUGGUUUCUAUCUGGUAGACGUUCCUUUGCAUGUGUAGAUGUAUAUGCAUCCUUCUCCUUGAAUGAAACAUUUCUCCAACAAAAAAAAACUAAAGGAAAAAGUGUUUAGUCCUGCUGUCUGUGAUAUAGGCGGAUAAAAGGAGUAUUGAAAAUGCCUUAUAUUUGUGUUAAUGUUGAGCAUUAAGGGUUCCUGUGUGUUUCUCCCUUUUCAGUGUGUAGCCUAAAGCUUGUACAGUCCGAGUCCUCUGAGAUUUCUAUCUACUGUAUAGCCUACUGUACGCGUUUCCACACUUUGUUACUUGGAGUUAAUUGUCGUUUUAAUUUUUUCGGAGAUAACAUUCCCCUCGAAAGUGCCGUUUGUUUUCACCAGCAGAGGAGCAGUGUCUUUUGGGGGAAAUGAGGAAGGAACAAUUUGCUCGCGUUCGUUCAUUGUUGAACCGACAAUGACAACUCGGGCUGGAUUUACACUGCGCACUGUUACUGUGACGCAGUUCUGACCGUUUCAGUUUCUUUCCCUGAGUUUUUGUGUGUGUUCACAUGCAUUUUUUUUCCCAGGUGUUCAGUAAAUGUAACCAUAGUAUUGGAUAUGGGUUAGAUAAAUCGGUUACAGGCAUAAAUCUGAAUUGGCCACUUAAAACACCCGCAAUGUAAAUCCAGCCUGAUAGAAAUAAGGCUGCGAGGAUUUCUUUUAUCUUUUUAUUUAAUUUUUUUGCCUAGCACCUUUUUACUGCGUGAUGUAAGUCACCUCACCGUGCUUGAUUACUCUAAAGCAGAGCCAUAUUGGAGAAGUUGUCCCUUAGGAGCCCUCUUGAAUGUGUUACGAGGAAUAGCCUACUGUAGGAAAGGAUGUAUACUUGCAUGUCCUGUGACAUUUUAGGAGUGAUUGUCCGUCUUUGUUUCGUUUAUUAAUUUUGUUUAGCCACUGUAGAUCUUGCCACUUCAUUGAUGCUCACAAGCUAUUAACAAUCCUCACAACUGGACUUGAAGCAGGCGUCGAUCUGCUGCUGAGGCAGCCUUAAGUGUAAAAAGAAACCGGUAGAAAAUAGCUGCCUGUUUUAACAUGGAGUGGCUUAUCUUGAUACAUACAAGGGAGCCCUUAUCAGGAGUGGAAGACCUCUGAAUCAGGGCGUGUGAUGAGUUACAAUCAGCUAAUUUCACAAUGCACCUUCACAUAGAAGAAUUGUACACAAACAAAAGUUGGCACGUCCACCCAACAUUCCAAAGUUGACUCCAUAUUCCGCUGUCCUGUCCGUCUGAAUAGGCUUGUUAGUUUUUUGCUUUACGGGUGAAUGAAGUGGGCUCAUGCGUGUGCUUGUGUGCCUGCGUCAAUGACAGGGUUCCCUAGUUAGCCUGAUUACCUCAUUUACAAAAUCUGCAAAUCUACUUGUUCUACUGUGCGCUAAAGGGAGUCAAUGCCAUCACCAGCAGCAAGACCUGUGAUGACAACAGGACCAACCGUGUUGAAAUUAGAAAAUUAGAAACUGGGAUAAACUCUUAAAAAUAAGGUUUGUUUGGUUUGUAUUUUUUCUAACGCUGAGUGAAUUGGCACUGCAGCUCAUCACAUCAAGUCCAACACCUCCAGAUUUUUCCCAAAACCCCAAAUUUGUUGAGGGUAUGCGGCUGAUUGAGUCAUUCUUUUUUUUUUUAUUGCUUUUUUCCACCGCCGGUCAGAAUGUUGUCAUGAACCCCUCAGUCUGCAAUGUCACUGUUCAACUGUCAGUUGAUUAAUUCAGAUACUAUUGAAACGUGCACACAACAAAACCUGCUGCAGCACUGCUGUUCUCAGUAAGCAUGUCGAAUGAAACAUUGGGGGGGAAAAAAUUACAUUUUCAAGGAAAACGUUCCUUGGUGUUUUCCAAACUGGGAUUGUUCAUUGAAAAUAAAUUAAAACCCUCAAUCAAUUUUAUUUGACUCACAAAAAGUAUUUGGCUGGAUUUUUGUUUUUCGAUGAAUAGGUCGGAAAUGCCAAAUAGAGACCCAUGCUUUUCAUUUGAUAGCCAAGAUCGAAAGAUACAAGACCAAAUUUGACAUCCAUCUCAUGAGAAAGCCACCUUAGAACACAAAGUUAAACACAUUUAACUUUGAUGUACUUUCAGUGCAACUGAAUGGAAACUUCAGAUUUGCUCGGCACGUAGUGUCAAAGUUCUCUUCCAAACCUGACAUAUAACUGACUCGGUGAGAUGAGCUGCCGUAGUACAAGUCCGCUGGCCACCUGGUGGAUUUAAGCGAACAUUCGCGUUUCCAACACUUGCUGUUCUCCGUAGCAUUUCUCCUACCUCCUUGUUUUUGCAGCUUUCAGUACAGUUUGUCUCCACCUUGUUCUGACUAGAAUAGCUUGCCAGUAUUGGAAUAAAAACAGAUUUUAUCGUAAGCAAUGGUAGUUAAAAAGAAUCGAGUGCUUGGUUGUGUUUGUAUGUGUCAAUGUCUGGGGGGGGGGGAAUUAUUAGAAGCAUUUAUACGACUAAACACAACUGGAAUGUGAAGCCAGACAAUGUUACAAUGCAGAUUAUGAUGAUAGUCCCCUUUAACAUUUACGUGGCGCACAGCUGAGUCAUCUUGAAAAAAAAACAGUAACCACGUAUUGGCUUUUAUUUCCACCUCUAAAUCACAUUUUUGCCUCCAGCUGUAACUGUACCUUCAUUCUGGAACAGUGUUGAUUACCCUGGAGUGUGACAAUAUCACAGGUUGUCACAAGGGCAAUUGAAGGAUGGAUUUGUGAUUCGGCGCCAGAGGUUAGACUUUGAGCGUCCUCUGUGACGUUUGCCUUAUGAAUCCAUCUGUCCACUCCACGUUCUAGCAGAAACCAUACUGUGUUUGGUAGGUGUCCUGUAUCUGCGGCCAUUUCCAAAACUUUGCUUUCAGUUUGACGGCAAGGGGUGUACAGGACAAGGUUUGAGGUUAAAUCCCCUCCCCAAAAUCCGCCUAGCUUCCAAUCUAAUGCAUCCGCUCCCAUUGUAGGACAGGACUGAUCCGCAUCCGCCCCCACCCUCAUCCAGCCCGCUGCCUCACCUCAAUCUUUAACCAGUUCAUAUUUAGUUUAUUCGACAAUGCAAUCCUGAAAGCACUUUGCCUUGUUAUUCCUUUAUGUGAACAUGUGAAUGAUGAUUUGUUACAAAAGAAAAAAAUGUUGAAUAUGUAAAUGAUCAUUCACUGUUUUGGAAAAACCUGCAUUUGUCUUUCUGACAUUAAAAGAAAAAAAGAACAAUUUAGUGACAUUGAAACCUAUGAAUCUAUUUUAUAAAAUGUUUGCUGCAGCCAAUUGGUCUUGUCAUUCAGUAUUGUGGCUUAGGGUUGUUUGUGUUGAAUAAAGUGCUAUUGCUAAAUAUUUA